AUGUUCACUACCUUCGUCAGCAUGCCUUCCACAACUACAUCCAGUAACUCUGCAUCUCCAGAACCUCCGCCACGGCCCCGUCCACGCCAAAAGCGAAGUCAAGUGGCCAAAGCGUGCGAUUGGUGUCGAGUUCAUCGCAUCAAAUGCGAUAAUGAUCAUCCGUGUAACAAUUGCAAAACUCGGGGCGGUAACUGCAGCAAUAGUGGUUCUAUGAAGCUUGCAACAAUUCCACACGCAUAUCGCGAGAUUGAACGUCUUAAGCAAAAGGUCCAAGAACUCGAGAAAGAACUCGACAAAGAACGCUCAGACGACAAACAAAACAUCCAACUGCUUCCUUUACACGGACUUCCUUCACCGCCCAACAGCAUCGGUAGUUUUCGAUCCGGGCAUGACACUGGCUUGAGCAGUAUGAGUGGCUUGAGUGGUAUGAGCGGCCUUGAAUUUGAUGCCAAUUCAAUCAAGAGGGAAUGGGAGGGUAUUCACAUUAGCACUGCGCGCUCGCCACAAAAGACGUGGUAUGGCUCAGCAUCACUGUACUAUUUCAUCGGGCGCCUCAACACUUUCUUAACUGCUUCUUUGCAUCAAAAACAUUCAGCUCAUGCUAUGCUACCGAAUUCGGCAAGUAAAGUACUCGAUGGACCAACUACUGCGGAUACAUCAGACAAUAAGAAUGGGCUCAUGGUCCCAAUAGAAGAUCCACUUAAUGUUGGCGAUUAUCUUUCACCAACACAAGAAGAGUACUUCCUUGGUCUCUUUUGGCAAUCAUACUAUACCUCUAAUCCAAUCAUCGAUGAACAAGCAUUCAAGGAACACUACCAGUCGUUAUGGAUGAAUUCCGACAAAGAGCGAAAGCCGUCGGCACUUGUCGAUAUCAUCUUGGCAAUGUGUAUGCAGUAUGGCAUGUCGUUCUUGCCAAAUGUAACGCGCGCACAUAAUCCCAGCUCAAGAGCCAAUGUCAACGUUAAUGAUGCAACGAUUGCUGGCCGAUGGCAUUACCGACGCUGUCAAUCUCUUCUGGCAGCCGACCUAGAAGCACCCACCAUAGCCACUCUUCAAUGUCACAUUCUCUGCUCCAUAUACCUAUGUUGUGGAUCAUUCCAAAAUAUGGCAGAUAGCGCUUGCAGUGCCGCCGUAAGAACAGCUUAUAUGCUCGGUCUUCAUGUCGAACCCCCUCAAGAGAUGCCGAGAAAAGAAAGAGAGCUGCGAAAACGCAUGUGGUGGACGCUGUACGUCCUAGAGAGUAAGAUGAGUAUGAAACUCGGUCGCCCAUUUUUGGUCCACGAGUGUAACACUACAUGCACACUUCCGACAGAUGAUCGUGAUAUUGCUAUAGCCGCAGGACAGAGCUUCGCAUCUCUGGGGGAUAAUGUCACUUGGUUGACCUGGAAUCUACACAACACCAAACUGCUGCUGGUCGCUCGAUCGGCUUAUUCUGCGUUUUACGACACUCCAGUGCAUAAUACAGUGAACGUGAGAGGAACCAUCUGGGAUGACCUACAGACGUUGGGAGCCUAUGCAGACAUGCUGGAACCACACUUAGAGCGAAUGGAUGAAUGGCUUAGAGGCGUACCUAUGGCCCUCAAGACCGAUCGUCUCAAUGGCGGUUCUCCGUUUUCCACGGACCUAUCACAUCUCAAUAUCGAACCAUUCGCACCACUUUGGCUUCAACGACAGCGUCUCCUUCUUGAACUCAUGUAUCAUAACUUGAGUACAAAUCUCUGCCGACCAUUUAUCGUCUUCAAUCCAUCAAGCACUCCUACUGCUCUUUCAGAGCAAAUUGCUCUCAAAUGUGUCGGCCACGCCAUGCAGUUGACGCACAUAAUGCACCACGUCAUCCUGUCGACAUCAAUUCUAGCAGGCUGGCAAGAAUCCUUCCAGUGGCAGUGGAAUUGCGCAAUGACCCUCGUCGGUUAUAUCUUCGCAUAUCCACAGGGCACACAGACCCGAGCCGCACGGGGAGCCCUUGACCUCGCCGUUGCUGUCUUCGAUAACUUCGGGAACAAUUUCGCUCAAGCCGCCAGCGCAGCUAAUGUCAUGACUGAACUUAGUGCCAAAGUCGAUAUUCGUCUCGCGCAGACUUAUGAGAAACAGAUGAUGGUGCAACAGUCAAAAGUGAUGGUCAAGCCCGAUGAAUUGCAAUCUGUCAUGAGCGCAGGAGACUCUGGCUAUGAAAGUCUUCUCGAUGAUAGUUUCACCAGUAUGCAAGGUGUAGACUCGUUGACCUUCGACAGCGAGACAAACGCAGAACUGCAAGAUAUUUUGGCUCAAUCUAUCGAUAUGACUUUCCCAGCAGAUUCAUAUACAGAUUUUGAGAUGUUGUGGGCGAAUAUGGGGACAAUAUUUCCGGAAUAA